AUGGAAGCCGAAAAGGGAGCUCUUGCCCACCCACCUUCAUAUACUGAAGUCACUAACACUUCGAUUUUCGAGCAGUGGAAGGAAACUGAAAGCAAGCUAGUUGCCCUCCUGGUAUUCGAUAGAAAAAGCCGGCGAAUUUUUGCUAACCUCUUCCCAGAUUCUUCGCACGAAAAUAGCAUCUCUUUUGCUAAUGGCUAUGGCCGAAACUAUGGCCAGAAGCAAUUUGAAGGCGUUCCAUACUGGUUGGAUCUUCCAAUGAAAAAGCAAGACGAAAAGUGCCAAUUUUCCCGCUCUACGGCCUCUCAAUUAGAAGGCAAGAGCUCCAGCAGCUCAAAAGAAAAGACCCUCUGUGCUGGCUGCAAUACUGCCAAGAAUGACUUUGAAAUAGUCCGGCUAGUCAAUCGGUCCUUGUUCGACGAAACCAAAUUUCCAACCAAGUGUUGUAGAUUGGCUUUGCAGACUCAAGACAUCGAAUCCUUGGUUAAUGAGCUUACUGCGCACACCUAUCGGUUGACAUGUAUUGAACACAACGACAAAAAUCCCACCUACUGUUCAAAAGGUACAUGCUCCAGAUAUGUGCUUUCAGAGUACAUCAAGGGUAAAACCGCCCUAUGUCAAGAGUGUGAUAUGGAGACAUGCAUCCUUUGCAAGUCUGCAGCACAUGCUGAGAAAGAAUGCCCUGGAAAUGGAGACUUUCGGGAAAUCCUAGCCUUGGCAAAAGAGAAAGGGUGGAAGCAGUGUUUUAAUUGUCGCCGAUUAGUAGAACGAAUUGGUUGCUGGGAUGACAUUAAGUAA